GUGACCGGGCCGCCCGGGGAGGGGGUGGGUCAGCACGAAUCUUGGCCCCUCGAGAGCUGCUGGGAGCCUGGGUCUUGACCCAGGGAACAUUCCUUGACAGAAUUCCAGGCUGGAGCUCCCAUCUCUCGUGAGAUCUGAUUCCCCAACCUACCGCUGCUAUUUGGAAAAGAAAAGAUUGGAUUCCAACUCUUGUAUUUAUUUUUUUUUCAUGUCUGGAAUGUCCAUUUCAUUCGAAGGCAUCAGGAGCAGUGAGGGAGAAGCAAGAGGGCUCUGUCCCUCCACCCCCACCCCUUACCUGGCCAGACCCCCUGUCUGUGCUGAGGGCCCAGCCCGUGGAGAGGAAGGGGGUCGGCACCUGCGAGGGGCCUGCUGUGGCCCCAGAACCAUCUCUGUGAGCGGGAGCCUGGCCCCCACUGUGGCAAAUCAGCUGGGCUGUCACCUUCCUGCGCACUUCUUGGGUUUCAGUUGCCACCUAAUGCUAACCAUGGAAAUGUCUGCAUGUCUUCGUGUGAGCCAUUUCCCCAGGCCUCACCCUCAGCUGAUAAUGAAGCAAACCUCAGACCGAAUUCCAUCGUACACCAAGGCAUUUAUGAAACAUGUGUUCACCAAGGAGGCACAGAGCCCCUCAUCCAGCCUGCUCCGAUGCUGGAGGUGCCAGCCCCUGGACGCUCACCUGCGUGGCUCACUCUUACGUGUGUGACUCUUGACCUCAGAUCAGGUCUGGAUCUCAGGGUUGGAGUUUGAGCCCUGCUUUGGGAUCCAUGCUGGGUGUGGAGUCUACUUUCAAAAGGAAAGUUUCCUAUGUAGUUGUUAUUAAAGAGUGUCUAAAGGAAACUGAAAGCAAAACCGUCACCUUUGGUAUAAAAGUCCGUCCACACGCAGGAGAACAGCAGACUCCACCAUGGCUGAGUUUUGUGAAGAACCCAAACCUGGAGACCUGAUCCAGAUUUUCCGCAUUGGCUAUGAGCACUGGGCCAUCUAUGUGGGAGACGGUUAUGUGAUCCAUCUGACUUCUCCAAGUGAGAUCCCGUGGGUUCGCUCCAGCAUCACGUUCUCCGUUCUGAGCAGCAGAGCGGUAGUAAAACGGGAGCUCCUACGGGAUGUGGUGGGAGGCUGCUGCUAUAAGGUCAACAACCUCUUGGACAACAGGUAUAGACCACGACCUGUGAACCAGAUCAUUUACUCUGCGAAGCAGAUGGUUGGUCAGGAGAUGGAAUAUAGUCUUCUGCACAAGAACUGUGAGCACUUUGUCACCAACCUGAGAUAUGGCGAGCCCAAUAGCAGGCAGGUCCAGGACGCCGUUGUGACGGCUGGCAUCGCAGGAGCCGGCUUGGCAGCCAUGGGCCUCAUUGGAACCAUGUUCUUAAGAAACAAGCGGCAGAAGCAAUGAGUUGAAGGGCCUGUCCCAUCAGCAGUGACUUUAUCCAUUUAGGGGAUCUGGUUGCCCCAGAGGUUUUGAGGUUUGGUCUGUGGAUUUCACUCUGUUUUACAAUAAGGCUUAUUUUUACAGAAUAAAAUAAAGCUCAACAAGGGAGCACUUUACUGGAGGAGAUGAAGCAAGAA